AUGGCCUCGAUGCUGUGGGAUUAUCUUCGCAUACCCUUUCUGUUUGCUUCUGGUCUGGGAAUGGUUCUCAGUAGUGGCCUCUUCUACUACCAGAAUGAGUUGAUCUAUCCUCGAAACAUCCCUCCAAAUGCUCGCACCGACGUCCCAAGGCCAUCUCAGCUUGGACUCGACGCCGAAGAACUUAGUCUGCCUACACCAGACGGUGAAACACUGAGUGUAUUUCUCGUCAAGCCAGGGAAUGCUAGCAAAGCAAAGAAUGUGACUCUCUUGAUGUUCCACGGAAAUGCUGGAAACAUUGGCCAUCGCCUUCCCAUUGCUAAGAUUUUGGCGAACGAAAUGUAUUGCAAUGUCUUGAUGCUUCAGUAUCGAGGCUAUGGCUUAUCCACUGGCAACCCCAACGAAAAAGGCAUUGCUAUCGACUCGCAAACUGGACUUGACUACAUUCGAAGUCGAGAUGAUCUCAAGAAGACCAAGAUUGUCAUUUACGGCCAAAGUCUAGGAGGUGCUGUCAGCAUUGGACUUGCUGUCAAGAAUAAAGAUCGGGGUGACAUUGCUGGCUUGAUACUGGAGAACACUUUUCUGAGCAUCAAGAAGAUGAUUCCGAGCGUGAUCCCCGCAGCCAAGUACUUGACACCACUCUGUCAUCAAGUAUGGCCUAGUGAAGAGAUGCUUCCACAGCUCACCAACACGCCCAUCCUGUUCUUGAGCGGGCUUCAAGAUGAGAUCGUACCGCCAACGCACAUGAAAAGACUGUUCGACAUCUGUCGCUCAGAGCCGAAGAUCUGGAAGGAGUUUCCUUACGGCGAUCACAAUAACACAGUCGCAGAGGCAGGAUACUUUCACAGUAUCCAAGAUUUCCUCGAUAGGUACGUUGUUUCGUGA